AUGGAUGUCAGCAAUGAAACUGCUCCAUCAGAAUUCAUCUUUCUGGCAAUUUCAAACCUUAAUGAAUGGCAUUUCCUGCUCCUUCCAUUUAUGCUUAUCACCUAUCUCUUUACACUGAUGGGGAAUCUUCUGAUCAUCUUCCUUAUCUCCUUGGAACCAAGCCUUCAUACCCCUAUGUACUUCUUCCUGAGCAACCUUUCCCUCCUGGACAUCUGUCAAACUACGACAACCAUUCCUCAGAUAAUAGCAUACCUGAUCUCAGGAAGAAACAACAUCUCGUAUAAAAGAUGCAAGAUGCAACUCUUUUUCUUCCUCUCAUUCCUUGGCACUGAGACACUCUUGUUGGCUGUCAUGGCUUAUGAUCGCUACGUUGCCAUCUGCAACCCUCUCCGCUACUAUGUGAUCAUGAAUCAGAAAAUCUGUGCCCGGCUGGUUUCAGCAUCUUGGAUCACAAGUUCACUCAAUGCUACUUUGCACACUCUUUUGACAUUCAAACUGCCCCUUUGUGGUAUCAAUGUGAUCAAUUACUUCUACUGUGACAUUCCUCCUCUUGUAGCUAUCUCCUGUGGGGACACCUCCAGCAAUAUUAUUGCAAUCAUGGCCGUUAGUCCUGUCAUGGGAUUUGGACCAGUCUUAUGCAUCAUAAUUUCCUACAUUCACAUCAUCUGGAGGGUUCUGAAAAUGAACUCAUCAGCUGUGAUGAAGAAAGCCUUUUCUACUUGUGCUUCUCAUCUCACUGUUGUCUUGCUCUUCUUUGGUAGCUGCAUUUUUAUUUAUAUCAUCAGGCCCAUCUCCAGCCACUCACUCAACAAUGAUGUAAUGAUUGCCCUAUUUAACAACAUUCUCUCCCCUAUGUUAAACCCACUGAUCUACACCCUCAGGAACAAAGAUGUGAAAGAGGCCCUGCAAAAGGUCAUGAUGAAGAAAUUGACAUCCUGA